AUGCCCGCCUAUGAUAUAGAAUAUGAGCAAGAUGAUGGUACCCAAGUUUAUGAAUUGGACACAAAAGAUGGUCAAAGUAAGGACAUUGACUAUAAUAGCCAUUCAGAUUCGGAAGAAAAAAAUCAAAAGCACAGUUCCUACAAGGUCACCUACGAAGAGGGGCCUGACACGAUUGCCAAAGCUGAAGACCGAUUAUUUGGGAGAUCUUGUCCGCGAGAAGGUGGGAUUAAGUGCUCUUUGCUGGAAGAAAGUAAAGCGGAAGUGAAUGACAAACUUUGGGAAGAGAUUAUACGCUAUUUUGAAGUUGAUGAAACUGGAAAACAAUUUGUGAUGAAUAGACUUGGUAUCCUUCUACGAAACUCCAUAAGGAAAUUGUAUACAACUUACAUCAAGCCACAUCUAGGCAAUUCCAAAAAGCGUGGAGAAAUCCAUGUUCGAUAUCGUGCAAUAAUUACUAAAAAAGAUGAUUGGAACAAAUUCAUGACAUAUACGCAUUCUGAAUAG